GGCUCAGGGGCGGGGACCGGGCGUGAAAGGCGCUCUAGUUGCGCAGUCCUCGGCGCGCUGUUGGGGGCACCCUCCGCGGCAGGCAUCGUGCCAGGGACCAGCCCCCCCGCAGCCGCGGGGCUCGCGGGACUACACUUUCCCUUCGGCCCCCCUCGUUUCCUCCCGCGCCGCGGCGGUGGCGGAGAUUUCCUCUCGGGGAAACUACGCGGAUCCUUCCCGGGGCUCCUCGCCCCGCCCCAGUUCUCCGCCCCCUCCCCUUCGCUGGGGAGCCGGUGCGGGCAGAGCCGGGGAGGUGGCGGGGGGCCGGGGAGCCACUGGCCACUAACUCGCCCGGCCAUGUGACGCAACCCUCAGUCCGGCAAACCCCGGCGCGUCCUGGGCCCGCUCCCGCGCCCCGCCGUGCCGCGCACCAUGCUCCUGCCGGGACCCGCGCGCCCCCCGCCCGCGCCCCAGCCGGCGCAGCAUCCCGGCCUCCGCAGGCAGGUAGAGCCACCGGGGCAGCUCCUGCGCCUCUUCUACUGCACCGUCCUGGUCUGCUCCGGAGAGAUCACAGCCCUCUCGGACUUCUCCGGCUACCUGACCAAACUGCUGCAGAACCACACGGCCUACGCCUGCGACGGGGGCCGCCUGGACCUGCAGUGCCCGCGGCACUCCACCAUCAGCGUGCAGUCGGCGUUCUACGGGCACGACGACCGCGCGUGCAGCCCCCAGCAGCCCGCCGCCCGGGGGGAGGGCCCCUCGGCCUGCGUGGCCCCCACCACCCUGCAGAAGGUGCUGGACGAGUGCCAGAACCAGCGGGCCUGUCACCUCCUGGUCAAUAGCCGAGUUUUUGGACCUGACCUUUGUCCAGGAAGCAGUAAAUACCUCCUGGUCUCCUUUAAAUGCCAACCUAAUGAGCUGAAAAACAAAACCGUGUGUGAGGACCAGGAGCUGAAGCUGCACUGCCACGAGUCCAAGUUCCUCAACAUCUACGCCGCCACCUACGGCCGCAGGGCCCGGGACUGGGACGUGUGUGCCUCGGGCGCUCCGCGGCUGCCCCCCUUCGACUGCUUGUCCCACUCGGCGGUGCACGUGCUGUCCCAGCGGUGCUACGGCCGGCAGCGGUGCAAGAUCCUCGUCAACAACCAGCACUUCGGGAGCCCCUGCCUGCCGGGGGUGCGGCAGCGCCUGGCCGUCACCUACGCCUGCGUUCCCAAGCACAUCCUCUCAGCGAUCGACCCGGCCGUGGCCGACCCGAAGCCUUCUGUGAAGCAGGAAGACGGCGGCCAGGCUGCCGCAGAUGCGCUGGGGACCGCCGAGCCCGACCCUGACGGUCUCGCCUCUGUUCGCGCCGCAGGUGUGAAGGUGGACGCGAGCGAGGCGAGGGUCCCGAGGAGCGACGGGGCCAUUGUCAGCAGCUCUCUGGCGGCCUUCGCUUACAUCAGAGCCCACCCCGAGAGAGCCGCCCUGCUGUUCGUGUCCAGCGUCUGCAUCGGCCUGGCCCUCGCGCUGUGCGCCUUGGUCCUCAGGGUGCCCUGCGCCAAGGACUGGCGGGAGCUGCAGCUGGCGCGGGAGCGCCUGGUGCCGGGCGGCGAUGAGGCCGCGGAGGACAGCGAGGACGCAGACGGGGAGGAGGACUCCUCGGACUCGGAUUUCCCCGGGGAGCUGCCGGGGUUCGGCAGGACUCCGCGCCCUGCGUGCUCGUCCGUCGAGGCUGCGGAGCUGGCGGAGAGGAUUGAGCGGCGGGAGCAGAUCCUGCAGGAAAUCUGGAUGAACAGCGGCUUGGACGCGUCGCUGCCGAGGAACGUGGGGGCCUUCUGCUGAGCGCCCCAGGCGCCUGCUGGCCUCGCCCCUCCGAGCGCCGGAGCGCCCCGGCGCCCUCGGCUCGGCCUCACCUGUACCUUCUGUGAAGGAGCCUUUGUCGCCACCGACACCUGGUGAAGCCAGGAGGGGGCCUUCCGAAGUGUUUACAGCACAUUUCCAAACAAACGCUGCGGGCGGGCGUCGCUGUCCGCUGCGUCCGCUCCCAGCGGCGUCUGCGCACCCGCGCGCUCUCGGUUCGCGCUCCGGGGCGUCGCUGUCACCGGCUUGCACGAAUUCGGCCGUUCCUCCACGCACAGCCUCCGCAGACGGUGCCGGCCUCCCCGUUCCGCCGAGGCGCAGGCAGGGCGCCCCCGCGUCCGCCCGGUGAAACCGCAGCUGCCCGGGGCGCAGGCGCGCUGCCCCGGCCGCGCGGCCACGUGGUGGGCGGUCAUCCCCACGCUGCUCCGUGGGCGCGGGGCGGCCAGAUGCUUCUUGGAUGGAAAGAAGACACGGAUUUCAGGGUUCUGCGUGGGCCGUGGCCACUCCACUCCGCCCGGGGCUCCAAGGCAGCCCCAGCGCAUCAGGAAUGAAGGGAACUGACUGCGUUCCAAUAAAACUUUAUUUAUAAGCCUUGA